GGGUCUCCGCCGGUCGGACGGUAGAACCCUUGCCCCUUCACUACCCGCGCACUGCGGCUGCCGGGAUCCAGUCGCGUUCGGAGCCUCUGUCUGGCUUUGUUCCAACACGAGUGACGUCCGCCCGAGGUCCGAACAACGCUCCAUCGACGUGGUGACUCCGUGAUUUCCUUCCUUCCUGUCCCCCCACCCCCCGCUUCCUGUGGUGCCUUUGGAGUUCUGCAACGUUCAUCGGUGGCCUAAGCAUCAAACAUCGCAGACAGCUGCACGAUAGGUGUGCCCGCGCGACAGGAGACUUCGAUCGACUCGGCAACAGCCAUCAACCUUUUGAUCUGGCCAAGCAUUCGCUAAUUGUGCGCACGCAUCACCUUCGGCUCAUCUGCAAAGUGAGCAAAACCUCUAAAGGUACUUCUGAAUAAGUGCUUCAACGCGAUAUUCUUAUAGUUGAACUCUCAUAGGGGUACUCUCAGGGUUUCGAGGACAAAUCAGUUGCAGACCAAUAAAAGUAUAGGUUGAGAACGCUGUUUGCCGUAAAGCAUCAAUGCAAGCAAGCUGAAGUAUAGGAUAGACGACGGAAAUGUUUUAGAGAUCCAGAAAGUGUAUGACCAAGUUUCGAAGGCGUAGAACAGGUUUUCAUCAAACCAGUUGCUACGUUAACAACUUGGAGUCGGCUUGUUCGAAACAUUUCUUAUGAAAUCGACGAGCAUAGUACCCCGACCAACCGCUGAAUUUAGAAGUCGUGCUCUUUUCUCGGCCUUUUGUGCUUGAAAGGCAGCGUAAAAGAGACCAUCAUUCGUACCCCCGGCCUAAACAUCGCGAAAGAAUACGUCCGGAUCUUAUCCAAGGAGAGACUGAGGCUUGUGCAUCUUCCACUGAUUGGCUGAAGACCCGCUCAAGCUCCGGACUUAAGGUUACGACAUCUCCUUCGGAACAUUUCCACCUAUGGAGACUGAUUUGGACCAGAUGGCCAUGGGUCUGGGCGAUCGGGGCCGCAAGAGGAUCGCCAUAGUGGGCGGCGGCUCGGCGGGCAUGACGGCCGCCAAGUCGUGUCUCGAGGAGGACCUGGAGCCCGUGGUGUUCGAGCAGACGGACGCCCUCGGGGGACUGUGGCGGUACCGGGACGUGCCGGAGUACGGCGUGCCGUCCCUCAUGAAGGCCACCAUCAUCAACACCUGCAAGGAGAUGAGCAGCUUCAGCGACUUCCCCCCGCCGCGCGAGUUCGCCAAUUACAUGCACCACUCGAGCCUGGUGCGCUACUUCGAGCUGUACGCGAACCACUUCGGCGUGACCAAGCACAUCCGCUACAACACCGAGGUGACUCGCGUCCAGAAGAGCCAGGACUACGACGAGACCGGUCGUUGGGACGUCACGUACAGGACAAAAGGCCAGCCUCCCCGGACAGAGACGUUCGAUGGUGUGAUGAUCUGCUCGGGCCACCACGUGAUUCCCCACGUGCCGACCUUCAAGGGUCUGGAGAAGUUCAAGGGCCAAGUGUUUCACACGCACGACUACAAGAUACCCGACGGUUUCCGCGACAAGAAGAUCCUCAUCAUCGGCGUCGGCAACUCUGGCGCAGACGUAGCCGUGGAUUUGUGCCCGUGCGCUGAAAAGGUGUACCUGAGCACGCGCCGCGGCUGCUGGGUGAUUCGGCGGGUGGGCUUCUGGGGCAUACCGGCCGACUCUUUUCUGAACCGUCGCACGGUGAACCUGUUCAACAAGUACGCUCCCGAGUGGCUGGUAAACUUCGUCUACGAGACAUACUCGAACGAGGCGUUCAACCACAAGCUGUACAGGCUCAAACCCAAACACCGCUGGCGCAAUCAGCACCCGACCAUCAACGACGCGUUGCCCAACGGGAUCCUCAGCGGACGCAUAGUCAUCAAGGGGGACGUCGAGGAGUUCACCGAGACGGGCGUCAUCUUCAAGGGCGAAGAAGGGUACGAGGAGAAGCUGGACGUCGUCAUACUGGCUACUGGAUACCUGGCGACGUUCCCAUUCCUGGACCAAGAAGUGCACAAAACCGAGAAGAACAAGGUGUGCCUGUACAAGUAUGUGUUUCCACCGCACCUGCCGCACCCGACGCUGGCCUUCAUCGGGCUGCUGCAGCUGCUUGGGGGCGUUUUCCCCGCGCAGGAGGCGCAGAGCCGUUGGUUCGCGCAGCUGAUCAACAAGAAAGUAUCACUUCCCUCUUGCAAGGAGAUGCAGGCUGACUACGAGCGCUGGCGGGAAAACCUCGAAAAGCGCUACGUUGACAGUCUGAGGCAUACGUUCCAGGCUGACUGGGUGGACUACAUGGACGACAUUUCAUCUCAGUUUGGCGCCAAACCGGACUUGUGGCGCAUGUUCUGGCGGGAUAACGCCCUUUUCUGGAAGUGCUUCUGGGAACCCUGCCUGCCCUACCAGUAUCGCCUACAGGGCCCACACUCGUGGUCCGGAGCACGCCAAGCCAUGUUCACGAUGAAGGACCGUCUCAAGGGUCCGCUGGACACGCGCAAAAUGCCCAACGAUUCCAGGAGCAAAAGGGACCGCAAAGUGCGCCGUGUCGUGCCAACGUUCCUUUGGGUCACCGUGAUCGUAGCCAUAUUCAUCUAUCUGCUCACACUACUCUUUUGAACAGCGAAGACAACGCUCGGCACUGGACAUGUGAUCACGUGCUCGUCUUUCGUGUUCAAACCUGUGGCCUACGGGCAAUGGGUUCGUGCCUUCUCGCCCACAGUCACCGAAGCACAACAUUCUGAAUGAACUGAACAGCCUUCGGGGCACAUUCAACAUCCCCAGCUUGUGGACGCCGAACCCGGCCCUGCAAGUUGGAUUUCUCGUAGUAACCUUCUUCGGAGACUUGGAGAAUAGUCUAGCUGAGUCUGACAGCUCUUAAACGUAUCCUGUUUCCGAAGAGCCUGGUAGAGUAGCAGCACUUGACAUCAUGCCUUCUAUUUUACAUCGGUUGCACUUGCCUUUAUUGAACAAAUAAAGAUGAAGCUAUGGAGGCUGUGCUCACAACAUA